UUGGUUUAAUAUAUUAGCGAAUUAAUUGUGUGUACAUAUUCUAGAAUCUAGAUAAGAUAAUAUUUAUUGAAUAACUGUGUACAGAGAUGUUGGCAAUAAAACAUUAGGAAGCAACAGUUUAUCCAUCACGGACGUACAUUAAACAAUAUUGUUGUUUACAUAUUCUAGAAACAACUAAAAUCAACUGCGUUAAUCGAAAUACCGUAAAUGAGUUAAUUUAGACGUUACCGUUAUAAAAAACAUGUCGUUUGAGACCGUAGUCGUGAAGCCGGAACCUAAUUAUAAAACUCUGGACGUGGACGUGGCGCAUGACGGAUUUACACAUAAUGUGUGUGUGAAGGUGGAACCGUUCACUGAGCUGCCUGACUGUGACAGCUCUAAUGAGGAUGCGGAGGCAGAAGGAGGCCUGUACUCCGACCACGAGGUCAAAGACGAGCUAGUGUUGGGACCAGAGGUAGUUCAGGGACCUCGCCGCACCACAUCCAGUCACACAGCAACCAUCAAAGACGAAGAUCUGCUCGUGCCCCGUGCCACCACUUACACUAAAAAAGAAAUCGACUCACGACAGGAAAAAAGAAGCAUUAUCCUUCAAGAUUUCGAAAAAACUAAGAUAUAUGUGUGCGACAGUUGUGGCAAAACGUUUAAACGGAAAAACAACUUAAUUCAACACAUUUAUUCUCAUUUGCGAAGAAUUUCAAAAAAAAUUCCAAAACAACUUAAAAAAAGGAAAAGACUACCUGCCUGCGAAACUUGCGGAAAGGAAUUUGCGACAAGAGAUUAUUUAAAACGUCAUAGAAAAAUACAUACACGUGAAAAGGUGUACACAUGUGAGCUUUGCAACAAAGAGUUCUUUAGUGCAGGCAAUUUAAAUAAGCAUAAGAUUUCUCAUACAAAAACGAAGGCUUACGCAUGCGAUAUAUGCAAAAAAUCAUUCAGUUACAUAGACUCCUUAAAAACACACAAACGUAUUCACGAUGGAGUUAAACCCUACAGUUGUGUUACAUGUGGAGCGCGAUUCACGCAACUAUCUCAUUUAAAUGUUCAUAAAAGGACACAUACGGGUGAAAAACCGUUCUCCUGCGAAAUAUGUAAGAAGCAGUUUACUACAAAACCUACUUUAAAGGAACAUGUGCGAGUCCACACUAGAGAGAAGCCGUACACAUGCGAUAUUUGUAAGAAAAUGUUCAGUUACAAGACUAGUUUCAAACAUCAUAAAAUAACACAUAUGGAAGUCAAGCCUUAUUGCUGCGAAAUGUGUCAAGCACAGUUUUCACAGUUGUUUAACUUAAAGAGACAUUUGCUGAAACACCACUCACCGUUGCCACGGUCUCCGCCCCCGAAACCACACGCUUGCGACAUAUGCACAAAGCGGUACAGCGACAAGCGCGACUUAACUAGGCAUUUACAGACUCACGCGUGACGACUGGUCUGGCCUAGUGGGUAG